AGUGCGUCUGCAUACGAAAAUUUGCAAGUAACAGUGAGGCGUGACACAUCGUUUCAUGACAGCUAGAAACCGUCGAAGUAAAGCCACAUUGCCUACUCGUGACCAAAGUGUGUGUAACGGAAAGGUGCGUGUGUCGGAAGUGAGUGCGUGCAUUUGGUUUUCGGAAGCGGAAACAGUACCAACAACACUGUACAGUCGUCAACGUCGACGACAACUCAAUCAACGGAACAACGGCCCGGUCAUACAACCGAAUGCCACCAUCCUAAUGAGUGGAAUUAACCAUUGAAGAACUUUCUAACAUCGAUCGAAUCGAACGGAUAGACUCCACCAUCGGCACAAAAUGGAUGCCCGCAUCGGACUGGAGUAUAUCAUCGAGAACAACGACUAUGUGAACAAGCUGGGACUCGCACUGGACACCAACAAUGUCACGGUUAAGAAGCAAAUCUUCGAGCUCCUGUCGACGCUUUGUGCGUUCAGUGCUAACGGGUACAAGCGUGCCAUCGAAACGCUGGAACACUACAAGAGUAUUAAGGGUGAACGGUAUCGGCUGAAUCUGGUCGUGUCUGAGCUAGACAAGGCGACUGCGGUCGAGUAUCAGAUAGCGCUGCUGGCGUUCGUCAAUUGCGUGAUCAUAUCAGCCGGUUCGCUCAAGGAUCGUAUACGCAUGCGCAACGAGUUUAUCGGAUUAAACCUCAUACCAGUAUUAAAUAAUUUAAGGCGGACGGCCAGCAGCGUUCCGGACGUUGCCUCCCAGUUGGAGGUGUUCGACGAGCAGCAAGAAUGCGACCUAUCCCAGAGCCUCCAAGUGCCGGACGGGAUCGAUCUGAACUCGCAUCUUGAUGUCUUCAAUGCCAUUUUAGCACAGGUCGCCGGCACACCGCAAGCUACGCCAUUUCUAAGCAUACUUCAGCACUUACUGCAGAUUGACCCGAAGGAGCAGAUUAGUGACAUUGUCUGGGAUACGGCCGAAACGCUCGUACACCGGGCCACACUGCUGGAGGACAAAGAAGCUUCGGCCCGCCUGCUGAGGGCACCCAGCGUGCAGAAAUUCUUCACCUGUCCACACUGCCGGGGCGAUCUGAGUGGAGGCCCUGCACGGCGCCCAUCCAUCGGUAGCUCACUGCAGCCCUCGCCAAGCACAACCUUCAAUCCGCCACCACCACCACCACCGUCGGCUCAGUGUGCCGCAGCACCACCACCACCACCGCCACCCGGUGGUGGGCCAGCUCCACCACCACCUCCUCCGCCACCACUUGCCGGUGGUCGAGCACCACCACCGCCACCUCCGCCGAUGGCCGGUGGACCACCGCCACCUGCACCACCGGCACCGCCGGCACCCAACUUACUGUCCGUGCAGGCCAACUCCAAUGGUCCACUGGCCCGUUCGAAGACACCGGACGAGCAGAUUGUAAUCGUGAAACCAUUACCGCAACAGGAAACGCCAGUGCCACGCGCCAAGAUGAAGACCAUCAACUGGAACAAGAUACCGCCACAAAGGGUACUUGGCAAACAAAACAUAUGGUCGAUUGUGGCCGAUUCACAUCAGGAUAGCCCGAUGGCGGAUCUGAACUGGGACGAAAUGGAAGGGCUGUUUUGUCUGCAGACCCAAACGCAAGGUUCGCCAAAACUUGGCCAUCGAUCGGGAGCGUCCGGAGGCGAUGGUAGCAACGGUACGGAUACACCAGAUGCACGGAAAUCACGGAAAGAGAACGAAAUCACACUGUUGGACGGUAAGCGAAGCUUGAACGUUAACAUCUUUCUGAAGCAGUUCCGUACCACAAACGAGGACAUCAUACAGUUGAUACGGAACGGUGAGCAUGAGGACAUCGGGGCGGAGAAACUGCGCGGACUGCUCAAGCUGCUGCCCGAGGUGGACGAGCUCGAGAUGCUGCGAGCCUUCGACGGUGAUAACAAUAGGCUGGGCAAUGCGGAGAAAUUUCUGCUUCAGCUGGUACAAGUGCCUAAUUACAAAUUACGAAUCGAAAGCAUGCUGCUCAAGGAAGAAUUUAAGGCAAACUUGAUGUACUUGGAGCCAAAUAUACACGCUAUGCUAUUUGCGGGUGAAGAUCUGAUGAACAACAAACCGCUCCAGGAGGUACUGUACAUGGUCGUGGUGGCUGGAAACUUUCUCAAUUCCGGUGGAUACGCGGGUAAUGCAGCUGGUGUGAAGCUGUCCUCGUUGCAGAAACUUACCGAUAUUCGGGCGAAUAAACCGGGCAUGAACCUGAUACACUUUGUAGCGCUACAAGCGGAGAAGAAAAAUUCCACAUUGCUGGAAUUCCCCGGUCAGUUAACAAUGCUGGAGAAUGCGACCAAAACCACCGUGGAACAGAUCAGCAACGAAGUAAACGCGAUCGACAAUCGCAUCAAAAAGAUCAAGAAACAGAUCGAGCUACCGAAGACGGAGGAGGAUAUCAAAUUCCAAAUGGAAGAAUUUCUUAGUGCAGCGGAACAGGAUGUUAUAAUGCUUCAGCGUGCACUGAAGCAGCUGGAAGCGAUGCGCCUUCAGUUGGCCGAAUUCUUCUGCGAGGAUAUGGCCACGUUUAAGAUGGAGGAAUGUUUUAAGAUUUUCCACAACUUUAGCGAAAAGUUCCAGCACGCUGUGAAGGACAAUGAAAAGCGACGGGUGCAGGAAGAGCAGGCCACGCUACGUAGGAAACAGCGUGAAGAAACUCUUAGGAGAAGGCAAUCUAAUCAACCCGGAACACCGGUAUCGGAUUCGGAAGGUAGCUUACUGUUGGAUGCAUCACAGUAUGAUCUGCGCUACAGCCCAGCGAUGUCCCGUCGUCGGUUGGGCUCAUUCAACAGUAAUGGUGAUGCACUACUGAUGCGGGAUGAGUGUGCAUCUCCAGAUAUUACACCCAACGGUAGUCUAAGACGACGCCGUAGUCGAGUUCUUUCGGAAGAAGAUGAAGGUAAUCUCAUGGACUUUUUGCGCUCGUCGGGCCACGAGAGCAGUAAUCGGGAGCGAAAGUCUGCUGCGUAUGGUAGUCUGGAUAGAUCCUGGGCACGUCGGGCCCGUUCGGGCAGCGGAAGUAAAAAGCGUCCUGAUCUGCUGAACGUUCAGUUCGGUGGGGAUCGUGAACGACCUAGCUCACCUUCGCCGCUGGCCGAAUCAAAGCCGCUCGCGGUGGAAGAACACAAACCGAGAAUUUCCAGAGAAUGGCGGCAGAAGAUCGAAUCAUGGCUGCAGGCAAACGAGCAGGACGAGCGACACAAUGACGAUUACAAGAAGAAGCUUAAACGCGUCGCUGCUAAUCGGCGAUCUUACGAAACGGACAACGAAAGCGAUCGUGGCAGCAAGCUGGAUCCACUACCGGAGGAGAAACCACCAACGGUAACCUCACCCGAACCACCCAGCGUUCCCAGAAUAGUGGCCCCGGCUGGACAAGGGCAGGUGUCAGCGGUAUCACCAUCACCGUCGGAUCAACAAAUGUUCGGUGGAUCAAUGACGUACAAACGGGUCUAUCCAAAUUGGCGUCCGGCGACGUCACUCGAACAGACGGAUGUCGUUGGUACGAUAGAGGCCUUGACAGGUGCGGCCUCACCGGAUGCGGAUAAAUCACCCUGGCGCAAAUCGGUCCUGAACACAGCAAACAGUACGGAGGGUGAUGAUCUGGCUAACCAGCGCUACCGCCGACAACGUUCCCGCGAAGGAGCUAAUCCGAGUUCCAAUCUGCAGUCAAUCCUCGAGGAAGACAAGCGUAAAAACAUUAUCCAAUCGUUGGGCGAACGGCCACCAUCUGAUCGGCUUCAGAUCUACAUCCGUCGUGGAUCGGAUAACCCUCCUGUAAUGUCGCCGGAAAAUUCGCCCACUUCCGCCACUGGUGGUAAGAGUGUCGGGGCCAGAGAUACCCAAGGAGAAGAGCACAAGCAGUCAAUUUACAUCCGACAGCAGGUUGGCAGUGACAAGCAAUCGAACGCUGCCGGUACACCGUCUACGAUAUCGUCCAGUACGACCAGUACAAUAUCCGGCUCAGAAGUGGUCGGAGUAGCUGGAGCAGAUACGACGACAUCACCAUCCUCUGGUGCUGUGGCUCCACCUCCCCGUCGUACUCGGCGUGCCCAUCACGUGUAUGACGAGUCUACUAACAAUAAGAUUGAGAUAGAUUCAGAUAACAUCGAAACGCCUCCCUCAAUUCGUCGUAACGUUGGGGGAAUUGGUGGAACUGGAGCAACGGGCGUUUCCUCUACAGGUGGAGGUUCCUGUCGACGGUUACACCACCAGAGUCAGAGCGAUUCGAAGGAUUCACAUUCGCUGCUAGCAAAUGACUCGGGUAAGGGUUCUUCGGCUGCCGACAGUACCGGCGCAGAAGUUCUAGGAGAUGGUCAGUUCGAUCGGUUCUCUUCUGCUAGACGUACGCGUCGUUUCAAGCGACCGAUCGAUCUGGGAGCAUCUGGAGCGGGCAGUGGCAAUGAGACUACCACUACCACGGCGACCACAGCAUCUCCAUCGCCAGACUCCUUGCCAGACAGUGUGUCACAGAACCCAUUACUGUUGCCCACCAGCAUGACGUCGACCGGCAACAAAGACAGCGCGAAGCAUGAGCAAGAACAGCGUUUGAAGCGCUGGCAGGACAAACUAAAAUCAUCGACAGAUACGACGAAGACGAGUGGUACGGGUACGGUUCCAAACGGUCGUGAGUCACCGCGUUCGCACGCUGAAGCCGUCCUCAAUAGGGCCAGCAAAGUUGGACGCACCAUUAGUCGCAUCAGUCAGGAGGAUGUGCGUGAAGCCAUCCGUAGUCUGAAAUCUCCAACACCCGAACGUACGUGGAGUCCGACUAAGGAUAUCCAUCAGCACCACGUCAAGGGUGCACCGGUGACGCAUGAACUCAAUGACGAGGGUUUCGAGGAGACCCAGAGUCUCGUAUCAGACACACCUUCGCAGGGUAAGGAUAGUGUGUCAUCCUGUAAUGACUAUGGCUCGGAUACAAAGAGCAAACGUGUCGUGACAGCAUCACCAUCUCCAGUUACAAAGCUCUCGUCCCAUAACUCAACCGCAAAUCUUAAAACGAGUCGUAACAGUAGCUCAAGUAUGGCCAGCAUUCUGAUGGUAAAGAAUGGAAGCUCCGGUCUCGAGCGAAGCCGCUCGUUGCGUGUUCCACCCGCUGCUACUAGCUCCUCCCCCGUUAGCAAGAAUCUCCUACCACGCCGGACGGCCUCGAUGCGACGUGGUACUACAGCGUCGGCAACCAGUCUGGACAGCACUCAAAGUUUACUUCGGCCGAUCGCCCGUCAAACGCAUGAUGUUGAGCGGAGUAAUUCCCGCACUAGUCUGCGUUCGUCGCGCUCAUCACUGAGCAGUGCUGUAUCGACGAAUACUGUCCGUAAGGUACCACCACCGUUGCGUUCCGGACCAAAUGCCACCAGCAAUAGCACCUACUCCAAGACUUUCUCUCCGCUCUCUACGAUGGCGACAUCAACGCUAUCGGCAAACAGUUCUCCAUCCAAACGGCCCUUGGGUACUGCUACCUCGGGCAACAUCGGGCAUCGGGGUGCACCGGCCAGUCGCAGCAGUUCUAGUGGCUCUAGCAUUGGUCCAGCGGCGACCAUUGUUCGCAAGCCGCCCGCCAAAUCGGCAACCAAGGAGAAUCAGCUGCAUUCUUCGUCUGGCGGCCGGUUACCACCGGGUAGCAAGUCGACUAGUAGUGGCAGCCUGGCUGGAUCUGGCACUGGUGGUGGUGUUAGUCCAACGCCAGCCUCGGGACGUCAGUCGGCCGCCGCACAGCAAACUGCGGUGUCCAGCCGACGUACCAGUGGGUUCAUGCGUCCAACUACCUCCAGUGCCACCAAAGUGAAGGGCAAAUAGUAAAGUUCCGAGUCUUAAUGUUGAAGGUCUCGCGGUAGAACCAUUAGUAGUCAUCAAGUCAUCUCUUCUACUUGUAGAUGCGCCUAUUUUUAACAAACCCCACUUUUUUCAUUUAUCACACACCACUUCCGUGCACACGACCUACAUAUGCCGUCCACUUGGUUGCAUUUUGCGUAUGCGCCGAACCAGAAGCAAAAUGGACCAGCGAGAAUUGCUAGAUUUUGUUAUACGAAUAGCUGUUUUUUUUCUUAAUUUUGGAGAACACUUUUCAAUUGAGCCCCGACAUUUUUGGUCGCACAAUUUCAUACGUUAUACGCUUAAUGAAAAUUUAAGGGUGAUGAGAAGGUGUUUAAUCCCCCUUACGAUGAUGCCAGUUUCCUCGGACGCUUGGGAGAAGAAGCGCUAAGCUGGAACACCAUGCCAUGGGCGUUAGAUAUUUAAUGUGUUGAGGGCAAUAACGAUAAAGAUGAUAAUAAUGAUAGUGAAAUCGAUCGACAACGUUAAAAUGCAUGCCACGCGAAAAUGUGGAUUGGGUUUGUAACGUUAGCUGGCGCCAUUAGCUGUUUGAGAUAUAAGUAUAUACGUCCGAGCGCAUGUGUUUUCGAGAUGAUGUGUUAUUUAUUUACAUACAUAUAUAUAGAUACAUAUAUGCAGCAUGUUACAAAACGAUUGUCUAGUACGAGCAAUACUAAUUUCCCUUCUACACAAAGAUCGGAUACCGAACGAUAGAUGAAGAUGUGUCAUUGUUAUAGAAACACUGGUAAACUGAUAGAUUCGUGUUAGACUAAAGUAGUAUAUAUAUACAUUAGGUUAGAUAGGUAAUGCGAAUUUUUGCGGCCGGAAUAGAUGAUCAUGAUCGCAGAAAAUCGCUAUCGAAACAAAAAAACUCAAAUUGGUUACUCAUCGAACAAUAUACCCUCGGAUAAUUAACGCCUUUAGAACUUUAGAAAAUCAAUUUUGUAAACUAGACAAAGAACAAACCAACCAGUCCUAAACGGAAAUGCAAUGUAUCCUCCCCCACAUUUCCAUUAUUCCCAAGCAAAACAUAACGAUGUACCAUUUGUGGAGAAACCCAAGCUAAGUAAAACACUAAAACCACAUGCUAAUGGUAAGAAGUACGCGGACUUUUCAUCCUUUGCCCUUUUUAUCUUUCGGAAUACGGUUAUAUAAAUAUAUCAAUUUAAUGCUUUUUUUAUUAUAAAUUUCUUAAUAUAAUCUUGGUGCGGAAAUUCAAAAUUUAUAAUCAAAAUUUUUAAAAUUGUUACGUAGGCGUAAACGGAAAGGAAAUUAUAAUUAAACAAAAAACACACACAAAAACGAAAACAAAAAUCAAACAAGUACAUACGCGUGAUUCAAGUUACUUCCCAGUGCAUGUUGGUUAUUAACGAAUAAUGCUGAAACGUUAACCACUGAAAGCGUUUUAAGUAAUAGCAAGCGAAGUAUAUUAUAAUUACAAACGGCUCUAUCAGCGUGCAAGAUUUACUAAUCCAUUUACUAAUUCAAUUCUACUCUUUAAAUGCUAGAAUUGCAUAGGACAACAACAAACUGCAAAAUGUAACCAGUUGUGAAAAAUGUGUGUAAGACGAUCCCAGGUGAGAUUGUUGUUAAUCCUCCCUUCGUGCUAUUUGCUCCCAAAACCCGUACAAGCAGUACAUUUCGUAUGCAUUCGUUACACAUUUUCCAUUUGUACUUGAUUGCGCAUACUAGGUUCGAUGUUAUUGCUCGAAUAGUUGGUAACAGAAUGGAACAGUGUUGAAAGAAAUAAAAACAAGAAUGAAACUUAUAUUUCGUACAAUACAAAA